AUGGCGUCCAUAGAUCCAAACUUUCCUUGCUCACUCGUCAUCGAUCUCCCGCUCCCAACGCACCGACUCGCAUCGUCGGCUCUUCAGGCUCUUCAGGUGGAUAACGAGCUGUCACCUUUGGUCAAGCGCGAAUUCUCCCUAACUUGGUCCAACGAUGCUUCUGGACAAAGCAAUGGUGUCGCUGGAGAAGGUCAAGGUACUGAUGACCAAUUGAUUAUCUUGCGCACUCGGUACAAAGCCACCACAAAUCGAAUGCUUCGAGUGGCAGUCAAUGGGUUCAUGGAAAGCCUUGGUGUGGUCCUUGGUGUGAUGGAGGAGCUGGAUGUUGACGUUCUCGAACAAACAAGCCCCCCGUAA